GCAUUUGAGAAAAUUUUUGAUUUGUUUGUUUAUUGGAGAAACUUGUUGUAAAACUUGCAUGAAAACGAAAGUUGAAAGUGAUUUCAAAGGGGAGUUCACAAUACCAGCCUUAUUUCCUUUAAGGUGUUCUUCACAGGAAAAUAUAGAUAUGAGAACUGUUGCAUGGAUUGAAGCUAUGAAAUAUACUAUCGAUGAAGAGAAUAAGAAGCAAAACAAGAAUCUAUUCGAUUAUGUGAUUUACGACACAUACGAUUCAACAAACUUUGACAAAACAUCAUUUGCUCUUCUAGACACUUUAAUGUUCAGCCCCGACAAUAAAAGUGAAAGUUGUGCGUGCAAUGACUUUGUUCAGCAAAACAAAAUAUUAGGUUUUAUUGGUCCAUCAGAAUCAGCAAACUGUAUUUACGCUCUUGCACUAAUAUUACCUUAUACAAACUUUCCAAUCAUUAGUUAUUCUGCAACAAGCGUGGAUUUAGAUAAUAGAAUUUUAUACCCAAACUUCUUUCGUACGGUUCCCCCUGACAACUAUCAAGUAUUAUUUAUUAAAGACGUUUUAAAAAAGUUUCAUUGGACAUAUGUUGCUGUCAUAGCGAUUGAUACCUCGUACGGCAGAGCAGGAAUCGAGCAGCUUGUAAAAGUGGUUGAAAUUGAUGCGUCUGAAGAUAAAGUUUGUUUAGCUUUUACGACGUUACUGCCACAAGUUUAUGAUCAAAGUAAAUAUUCAAAAGUAGCAGAAAAGUUGAUUAAGGAGAGCAGGGCAACUGUUAUAGUGGUUAUUGGAACAUUUAACCUUGUACAAAAUUUGAUAAAAGAAACGGAUAAUCAAAAUAUAUCAAACCGACUAUGGCUAUUAAGUGAGGCUACUGGUAAAAACAAUUGGUUUUUUAAUUACAAUAAUACACUUAAAAAUACUUUUCUGUUUAUUGUUCAGACUGAGGGGGAAGACGAUUUAUUUAAAAAAUACUUUUUUGGUUUAACUUACCAAAAUUCAAGCCCAUGGUUGAAAGCAGUUUUCGAAAAACUCGGAGCAACUGAGAGUUCAAAUACAACAAAUGACAUAUCACAAGUUUUUGAUCUCAGCUUGGUUUCAUUUAUUCAAGACUCAGUGAAAGUUUUAAUUGAAGCAUUUUAUUUGUAUCAGAAAAUGUAUUACCCUAACCAAAUUCAAAAAAUUCACAAUAGAACAAUGUUCAACGAGCAAAUCAAAAAAGUCAGGUUUCCUAUAUUAAAUAAUUCUAAAACUUUUAGUUUUAAUUUAAAUCAAAAUCCUGAGUCAGCAUAUUUUGAACUUUAUACCCUAAGUAAUUCUACGUUUUUGAAAAUUGCAUUGUGGUCAAAUAACUUAGGUCUGACAUAUUUUAAUAAAAGCAUAGAACUACAUUCUAUAAAAUCAACGUGUUCGACACCUUGUAAUCCGGGAAAUAUGAAACUAGUAAGUCCGCUAAAUAAAUGUUGUUGGACGUGCAUUUUAUGUCCAGACAAUUCAAUAACAACGUCGUCAAAUGAUGAAAAUUGUACAAUAUGCAAUGAAUUAAUAGAUUCUUACCCAAAUGAAAACAAAAGUGAGUGCAUCAAACGUAACCGUUUAUAUUGGAAUUUUAAGAGCAGCUUGCAAAUGCCGCAUCAGAUUUUAGUUUUAUCGUUAUGCAGCAUCGGUGUAUUAUUUAGUUUAAUGUUUAUUUUCACUUUUGUUAUGAAAGAAUCGACACCCGUUGUUAGAUCUUCAAACUACAUAUUGUCGUUGAUUCAGUUGUCAUUGCAUCUUGUUAUGUUUACUCUACCUUUAUUGUCAUUUCCUGAAGAGACAUAUAUAAAAUGCGUUUGUAGAAUUUAUUUAGGGAGCUUCUCCCACGUGGUCAUAAUUACGAUUAUAUUUGUUAAAGUUACCCGGCUUGUUGAAGUUUUUGAUCUAAUUGUUCCUCGCAAAAUGACACUUAAAAAAAAAGUUUAUAUUGCAUUUAAAACUGUCCUGCUGCUACUACUACUCUCUUCUUUUUAUAUUGUGUUUAUUUAUGCUAUUCACAAUAGCAAAUAUAAAACAUUUCUUGAUGACGAAAAAGGAACAACGUUGUUUUCUGUACAAAAGUACUGCAACGCGCAUAGUUUUUUAGUAUUUCACUUAUGUUACGUGCUCGUUUAUUCUGUCAUAUGUGGCUAUCAAACAUUUAAAAUUAAAGAUCUACCUGAUAAUUACAACGAAACAAGUAAGAUAGCAUACUCUCUAUUUUUUUCUAACAUAACCCUGUGCGCAUUGGUUGGACUUAAUUACAGUAGUUUUGAUUUAAAUACGAAAAGGUUUAUGAGUUGCAUACUCUUCAAUAUUUCAAUGUUUUUUUUGAUGAUUAUCUUGUUUUUUAACAAAAUAAUAAUCAUAUGGUUUUACCCUAAAAAAAAUGAUCGAUUAGAAUUUCAUAAAAACUCUUUUAAAACAAUUUGUUCGCAGAAAUCACUUUGUUCAAUCUCAUCAAACCAAGAUGAGCUUGUUUCCUCUUUCCCAAUAAAUCAAGAUGGAUCUCUUCGUUCAACAGUAUAUUCCAACAUAUCUGUUUGCUCUACCUUCUUAAAUCAAAAAGAGCAUAAUUCUUCUUUAAAAAUAAAUCCAGAAGGAUUUGCUUGUGCAACAAUAUAUUCUAACAAAUCAACUUGCUCUAGCCCACCAAAGCAAAAUAAACAACUUUCCUCUUCACCUAUAAAUCAAGAUGAAUGUCGUUGUUCAACAGUUUGAGUAAAUAUGAAUCAGGUCAAGAUGUCAAGAUAAAAAUAUUCAACAUGUUUUUAACAACAAAACCAUUCAAAAACUU